GAUUGUUGUGUGACAUAUAUACGUACCAUUCUUAGUGGUUUUACUCAAAUUUUCAAUUGUUUUCUCGUAAUCAUGAUUGAGGAUGUUUCACCGUUUAUACAAACUGUGCUGGGUACUGGGUUAACAUGGUUUGUAACUGCGAUUGGCUCUAUGUUUUGUUUCAUCAUUUCGAAUUCCUCAACGAGUCUAAAGAAUCAGAUUCUUGACGGCAGUUUGGGUUUUUCAUCUGGAGUAAGUCUUACUAGUUUUCACGUUAUCGUCCCUAAUCUGUUAAAUUUUAACAAUAUGGAACAAGUCAUAUUGUUGUACCACCUUAAACUGUUCAACUAUAUUAAUGUCCGUACAAUAAAAAAGGAGUUUUUAAAAAGUAAAUCUAGUUCGCACUCAUGAAUUUGGUCAGAAUUACAGUAUAUACCGUUGCUGGAACAAAUAAUCGCUUGGUAAAUCAAAUCAUUUCUAAUUUCUUCUCUCCUUGGCUGUAUAUACGUUAUUUCAUACGAUUGUCAAAUUGUAACAACCAUUACCCUUCUGUUCCGAAAAAUCAAAAUUCCAAUAUCUUGAUGGUAUCUGGAAACAAAUCAGUUGAAGUUUUUGUUCAGUUUCUUUCCCUUUUGAUUUCAUCGUUAUGGAUUUUACACAAAGUGAUAAAUACCCGAAUAAUUUUAUUAUGGAAUCCUAGGAAUGGUGCUAAAGAUUAUGUUAGCUGCAUCAUUCUGGUCCCUGUUAGAACCAGCAUUGGAGAUGGCUAAAAUUGACUUAGGUCUAGGUGCAUAUUGCGUCUUCCCUGUAAUGUGUGGAUUGUUCAUCGGUGCAGCGUUUGUUGGAUUAGUGGAUACUUUUUUACCUACCCAGUGGCUCGAAACAGUGCCUGUUGCAAUUAAUGAUUCUUGCUACUCAGUGUCUAAUCCAAGCUCUAGCAUUGUAUUUGAUACGUCUAUAAAACAACGUAACUAUUUGGUAAAUAGUUGUAUGGAAUCCAACAUCAGGCAUCGUUCUGAAAACACUAUACAGGCAUAUCCAUCGUCUUCAUCGAUAAAGGUUGAUAAUGAAAAAAAUCAACUUCCGAAAAUGGUGAUAACUCGUCGCUUAUGGUUGUUAAUCAUGGCGAUUACAGUACAUAAUAUACCUGAAGGUUUUGCAGUUGGUAUUGCAUUUGGUGGACUUGGACAAUAUUCAAGAACUACUUUCUCUCAAGCGUGUAAUCUGGCGAUUGGUAUUGCUAUUCAAAACUUUCCUGAAGGUUUGGCUGUCAGUUUACCGUUAUAUUCAUCUGGAUAUGGAUUUUUCAUUAGUUUCUGGUAUGGACAAUUGUCCGGUCUUGUAGAACCGUUUGCCGGGCUUAUCGGUUGUUUGGCCGUACAUUUCUUCCGAAGACUUCAGCCUUAUGCGUUAGGCUUUGCUGCAGGAGCUAUGCUAUUCGUUGUAGUUGAUGAUAUUAUCCCUGAAUCUCAGUCCAGAGGUCAUGGCCGACUAUCAACUGUCAUGGCCCUUAUUGGCUUCGCUAUUAUGAUGUGUUUAGAAGUGGUUACAGAGACCUAGUGAAGAAAAUAGUUAGGUUUCUUAUUGAUGGAGCUUAAAUUUUCACUUGCUUUGCAGUUGGUUGACUUACUGCCCCUUACCUAAUACAAUUAUCUGAUUGUGAUAUUAAUAAAACAUAACAAAUAAUCCGUUUUUUACAUGCACAUAUCAGUUGUUCGAAAAAUGCUUACGUACACCUUAAAAUAUUCCCAUAUUUACUGUUAAUGGGUGCUUGUACCUUUAGUCUUUUGUACUCAUCUCAAUAAUUUUGAUCCUAAUUUUUGACGUAAAGAACAAAUAUUUAGGGAAAGCAAAUCAUGUAGUUUUUCUUGUCUUCGUAUGAAUUUGUAUUUUUUUUCUGAUACUGAUGUUCUCUUUAUACUUUAAUAAAAUUAAACUUAAUAUUGUCUCAAAUCUUUCAGGUUUCAUGCUGGUUUGUUUGGGAUUAGAAAUCUGUCAUGUAUACCUCGUACUUUUUUAUAUUCAUGAAGAAUAAAUAGUUUUAAUUUUUGA